GUCACAAGUCAUCCCUGUCUCAUGAUAUAUAUAAAUACCAUCAAAACCCUAAUCUCAUAAAGUUUUGGCUGUCAUUUUUUUCUCCUUCCAUAUAUAGAGGGACCUUGAUUUGGAGUAAAUUAAAGAACAUAUAAAUGGAACAAGGAGAUCAUCAGCAGCAGAAGAAAGAAGAAGAGGCUUUGCCUCCAGGUUUCAGGUUUCAUCCAACGGAUGAGGAGCUAAUCUCGUAUUACUUGGUUAAUAAGAUCGCUGAUCAAAACUUCACUGGAAAAGCAAUCGCCGAUGUUGAUCUCAACAAGUCCGAGCCUUGGGAGCUUCCUGAGAAGGCGAAAAUGGGAGGAAAAGAAUGGUAUUUUUUCAGCCUACGCGACCGAAAGUACCCGACGGGUGUGAGAACAAACCGAGCGACCAAUACAGGAUAUUGGAAAACCACAGGAAAAGACAAAGAGAUACUCAAUAGCACAACCUCAGAGUUGGUUGGAAUGAAGAAGACUUUGGUCUUCUACAGAGGAAGAGCUCCUCGUGGGGAGAAGACUAGUUGGGUCAUGCAUGAAUACCGACUUCACUCGAAGUCCUCCUAUAGAACCUCAAAGCAAGACGAGUGGGUAGUGUGUAGAGUGUUAAAGAAAACAGAAGCAACCAAGAAAUACACAAGCAAUUGUAGCAGCAGCACAAGUCAUCAUCACCAAAGCCACACAAGAGCCUCAAUUCUAUCAACCAACAACAAUAAUCCUAAUUACUCAUCGGACCUCCUUCAACUUCCAGCACAUCUACAACCACACACCUGCCUCAAUUUCAACCAAACCCUCAUGGCUAACGCGGUUCACCUAGCCGAGCUCUCUAGAGUCUUUCGUGCCUCCACAAGCAGUACCAUGGACUCUGCUCAUCAGCAGCUAAUGAGCUACAACCACAUGCCCGUCUCGGGGCUCAAUCUCAACCUUAGUGGUGGACUGGUCCAGCCGACUCCCCCUGCUAUGUCGCUUGAGGAUGUUGUCGCUGUUAGCGCUUCAUUAAGUGGCCAAAAUGGGUUUGGAAAUGUGGAGAUGAGCCGGUGCAUGGACUUGGAUGGAUACUGGCCAUCUUAUUAAUUAGGAGAUAUCACUUUAAAUUAUGGCUUUUCUUUUGUUGGCAUGAAUAAGAAAGUCAUACUGGUUUGUAAUACCUUUUGUUUUUGUUUUUGCUUUUGCUUUUGCAUUUGUUUAGCUGUUCAAAGCAAAUAAUUAGGAAUCCAAGACUAAUCAAACCAAUUAUGGUCUGGCUUUUAUAGCAAAUACUUUUGCUUACAAAUAAAAUAAGAGCUGUAUAUUAACUUUU